AUGGGGUUUGUUGCUCAGGAGGCUGAAUUGCAGUCUAAGGUCACCAACAAAGUGUUCUUUGACAUAAGUAUUGGGAACCCUGAGGGAAAUGUUGUUGGAAGGAUUGUGAUAGGGCUGUAUGGGGAUGAUGUGCCCCAAACAGCUGAAAACUUUCGUGUCCUUUGUACAGGGGAGAAAGGCUUUGGCUAUAAGGGAUCAGCAUUUCAUCGUAUCAUCCAAGAUUUCAUGAUCCAAGGGGGAGACUUCGAGAAGGGAAACGGAACUGGAGGUAAAAGCAUAUAUGGCCGUACAUUUAGAGAUGAGAACUUCAAGUUGUCUCAUGUGGGACCUGGGGUAGUUAGCAUGGCAAAUGCAGGGCCCAACACCAAUGGAAGCCAGUUCUUCAUUUGCACUGUCGAGACACCAUGGUUGGACCAGAGGCAUGUUGUGUUUGGACAGGUACUCGAGGGGAUGGAUGUAGUGAGGGUGAUCGAGUCACAAGAGACUGACCGGGGGGACCGGCCCAAAAAGAAAGUGGUCAUCAGUGAAUGUGGCGAGCUUCCAAUGGUCUGAGCAUGGCUUGAGUACAGGAUCUACCCCGUUUUCUUUAUUCAAGCGGGGCACCAUUGUAUGAUCCUUCAAUUUUUUUUCUCGAUUCAAAUCGCAUCUGCUAAGCAUGUCAUAUCAAAAGAUUCAGUGGCCUCAUGUGAACCAGCAUUGGUAUGUUCAAAAUACUAAUACUGUUGAUUUUAAGCUGAGCAUAGUUGAAGU